CCCGCUGGUUGACAUGACAACCGUGACUGUGUUCUCAUAAAAAGGUCCCCAGCAACCGUUGGUAAAAUAAUAAGCUAAGCGUUAAUAAGCUACUAGCGAGCUAAAUAUUUACAAACUUUAACAUCAAGCCUACCGUCAUUAUGGUGCACAAGGAGGGAAAAAAGCUAGCCAGGCUAGUCUGGUGUUAGCCAGGCUAGUAAAAAGCAAGAACGAGUUGAGAACCCUGUAAAACAGUGAUGUUUGUGAGGCAGCUGAGCCCGAUGCAGCAGGCUAUUGAUCACAACAAGGAUGGUGAUGGUGAUGCUGUGAGCCGCAGCACUGACACCUCUUGGUGGUCCUCACCGUCCAGGCAGCGUUGUAGCUCUAAUAACUCUGCCCACUCAUCUGACUCUGGAGACUUACUUCCAGACAAAAUCCCACAAGUCAAGACACCAGACAAGUGGCAGGGAUCAAACACAUGUGGAAGAAAAAAAGGUAAAAAUGCACAAAGGCCCCACAAGCCGACAACAAACUACGCUGCAAACCGGGAAGUCCUAAAGUUGCCUCCAAUCAAGCCCCUGCAGGUUUCAAAGCCACAGAUCCAGUCUGCCAACUUGACCUGCAUCAGGGAGCUGAAGAGUCAGGUGUGGGAUCUGCAGCAGCAGCUGAGCGAGGCCAGGACCGAGAACAAGCUGCUGAAGAGGCUCCAGCAUCGCCACAUGGUGGCACUGCAGCACUUCCAAGACUCCGAGGGCAGCCUCUCACAGAUCAUCACCAAGCACAGCAACGAGGCCCGGGUCCUGCAGCAGUUACUCCGUGAGACCCGUGCCUGCCGUGACAACCUAGCAAGACAGCUACAAACCACAGAAAAAAAGUUGCUCAGCACAAAGUCCACUCUCCAGCACCUCCAGCUGCUCAGCCAGGAUCACAGCCUGCUGGAGAGAGAGGAACUCACUUUCAGGCUGGCAAGGGCCUCUGCAGAGCUUAAAGACAAGGACAAGAGGAUACUGGACUUGGAGAAGAAUCUUGAGUUGAGCCAAGCCUCAUUCAACCGCCAAAUAGUCACUGAACAAAGAAAGAUCAACGAGGCGAGAAAGAUAUCCUGCUAUCUGCAAGAGCAAAUAUAUCAGCUAAACAAGGGAAUUGAAGAUAGAGAAAGAGAACUGGAAAUGCACAAUAUAUACUCCCACAGAUUCCUUAAAGGAUCCUCUAAAAAAGGCAGCGAAAGCAAGACUGUUCAAACAGAUGGAUUAGUCCUUCUCCACACUGGGGCUGAAAGUCUUUUGGAUUCAGAAUAUACAGAAACUGAAGAGAAGCUGGAAAAGCAAGAGCACUCUGUGAACUGGUGCUGUUACAAUCCAGUGCAGGAGUCUUUGGUAAUAGAAAAUCCGGAGACAGAGGCUUCUGCAAAUGUCACAUUAAAAGAGAAUCACCAAGAGGAUACUGAGACAUGGGCAGAAACCAGUGAGCAGAGUAGUUCAGAGGAGAGCCCAGAAAAUCAGACUGAGAGAGACUGCGAUGAAGAAAAAGAGAUGGCACAGGUUAAAAAGAAGAGUGGAAAACAGAGGUUAAAAGAAGAGUGGAAAACAGAGGAUCAGGAGAGCGAGACGUUCAGAGACAUUACACGUAACCUACAGGUGUUAGAAGAGUGUAAAAUAGACCAACAUGAGGCUGAGGUUUCUGAUGUUUCAGAAGUGUCUCCGAAUACUGAGCAGAGUAGUUCAGAGGAGAGCCCAGAAAAUCAAACUAGGAGAGACUGUGAUGAAGAAAAAGAGGUGGCACAGAUGUUAAAAGAAGAGUGGAAAACAGAGGAUCAGGAGAGCGAGACGUCCUACAUUUCAGAAAACUUACAGGUGUUAGAAGAGUGUAAAAUAGACCAACAUGAGUCUGAUUUUUCUGACGUUUCAGAAGCGUCUCUGAAUAUAACUGAACCCAAGAGAAAAGGAUACAAGCUCCCUAAAAUCAGACACAACUACACCUUCAAACAAUCUAUUGAGAACCUCCAUAGUGGAAGACCUGCCUACAGCAGUGUGGGCUUAAGUCCCUGUCAAAGCACCAAGAGCCCAAUCAAGGUGGAGAACCUCAGCCAUGGGAUUCAUGAUCUUUUUCUACCAGCUGUGAAAUCCAGGAGAGGUGGAGCAGGCUGUCCUCAGGGCGACUAAACGUCAGUUCAAAAUACAAAAAACAGACUGAUGAGGAGCCCUUUGGUCACUGAUUUAGUGACUGGACAUAGCUGAGGUCAGAAAUGUCACACACCCUAUACUCACCAGCUGUGGCACAUAGAGGAAAAGGAGAUUAUGGAAUUUUGUCAGUAGUGGCAGCAGAUUACUCUUCAAGUAUUUCACUGAAUAAAUGAUUGUUUGACAAAUACCUCCACACAGCCCACUGGAAUUUUUGUUUUAAUCUGUUGAAAUGUUAAAUCAAGGAAAACUACAUGUUUUUGCUUGUGGAUUUACACUUAAAGACAUACAAUACAUAUAUAUUUUUGGUUUGCUUUAUUUUCUUAAAAAGGCAUUUCCAAAUCAUAUAUAUUUUUAAAAUAAUACAGUCAAAUAUCCUCACAAUUAACUUAAUAAAAAAACAUCAAAACAAA